AAGGGAGCCCCGCCCACCAGAAAGGUCGCACGUGUCCAGUUGUCUGUCUGCAGCCGGUGGCUCUUCUGUCACUGCCAGCAUGCUGGGACUUGUAGUGUCACAAGAGCUGAGGGGCACGUGGUGCAGACUUCUGACCGGUCCCAUACAUGCAGUAGGACUGUGCCAGUCUGUAUUCAAAUCAGCGCCGCAGUCUUUGUCUGUUAUUAUCUGAUUAUGUACGGAAGCAACAGGAAGCAGUCCAACGUGACUCCUCGCCCUUUCUACCAAUAUGAGAAUAACCUGGUAGAGGAGGAAGAGGAGGAUGACUUGUAUGAGCCCCCACCAUGUGAUCUGCAGAGCCGAACCUUUCCAUGUGUCUGGACGGCUCAGGAGAAUCACGCUGCAUAUUUAGAUCGCUCUAAAGCUGCUACUCCUCUGCCAAUACCUCCCACGCCGGACAGGACUCAGCAGGCUCAACGGCAGCAAAGACCACCCCCGAAGCAGACCAGACCAGCGCCACCACCCAUGAAGCACUAUCCUCCUCUCCCUCUGCCUGAUCGCAGGUUAUCUCUUCCCUGUACAGCUACACGUUCACCGCCACCAUGUAACAACAACUUUCCAAAAGGAAUGGACGAUCUGUACUUGACAUUAUUGGAGACACAGGUCAACACACACUAUGAUGUUGGUACAGGGAAUGAAGGGAAACAAAGGCAGCGGUCAGAGGAUCUGGCAGUGAUGGGCAGACCUUGGUACAAGGGUGAGAUGGAGCGGAGAGAAGCAGAGACAGCUCUUCGAAGAAUUAAUAAGGAUGGCUGCUUCUUGGUGCGCCUGAGCUCUUCACAAGAUCAGACGCAGCUGUAUACCCUGGCCGUUCUCUACCACGACCACAUUUACAACAUUCCCAUAAGAGCUGUGGGCAACCGUGGGUUUUCACUGGGGAAGGAAGGCAAACGGUAUGAGGAGGUUUUUCCUAGCGUCAUUCACUUGAUCGAGCAUUACCAGCGGGAACCACUCAACCUGGUGAAUCGCCAGACAUCAGAGAGAGAGUGCACCGCCCUGUUAUACCCUGCUGUCUUCUGAGAUACCCGUCUUACUCCUACACACUCAGCAUAUUGAUGGGCUGUCCUUAGGAUAGUCCAUGAAUAUCAGAUUGGUGAGGGGCCCACUCUCUGUACCACCACCGAUCAGCUGUUUGUUGGGUUCUUGGCGCUUGUGCGAGCACUUCAGCCGCUUCAAUGGUCACCUCACUCCAUCGACCUGCAUGCUAUACAUAGUGUAGGAAAUUCCAGCUUCGUCCUAAUCUGGUAAAUGGGGUCAGGAUAUGCAGUACCCUGCAGCGCUGCUCCUAAAUAGACUAUGUGCAGAUCGACGGCCUUAGGUAAACAUUGAAUAGGGCUUCUACAUCAGUAUGGGUCAUACCUGUGAUGACUAUCCUCCAGCACUCCAGCUGUGGUAAAACUACGACUCCCAAGAGGCACACUUGCUUGGUUGUUCUCAGAACUCCAUAGAAAUGAAUGGAGCAUGCUGGGAGUGGUAGUUUCACCACAGCUGGGGUGCCGGAGGUUAGCAAUGACUGGGCUAUACUAUUACUUUCUGUUUCAAUAGUUUUAUUGAGUUUUUCAUUUCAAACGGUUAAAGAAAGUACAUUACAGUUUGAUUUAUUACAGUGUCAAGCAGAAUAC